AUGGGCACGGAGAAAGUACUGCCGGGCAACAACGAGGUCCACGCACGCUUGAACACGCAGGUGCUGCUGCAACUCCAGAAAAACAAGGCGAUCCUUGCCGUGGGCUUCUUCCUCAGCUGUAUGUGGAACCUCGCGGCGCCGAUCAAAGCGUGGGCGCUCUCCCGGUAUGGAUUCGCGUCCACGUCUGACACGCUCGUGCUGGAGCUCGAUUGGAACACGGUCGUGAACGGCCGGUUCCUCACGUCUCUGUACACGUCGUCGGGGAUUCCUCUGGCUUCGCCGAUGGAAAAGACGCGCUACAUCAACGUGUUUCUUGACUUUAUGGUGGCCCCCCGCUCCGAGUUGCGCUGGGUCACAUCGCUUCUCGACACGAACCGCACCUUCCAGAUGGACGUAGACGGCGUCGCCAAGCGUCUCAGUCUCAACGGCAGCCGCGAAGUCGACCACUUCAACGUCGAUGUCGCUCCGUUUGCGGCGACGGGGUUUCCGCUCUGGGGCAACGAAGUCAUUUUCGACUAUGUUCCGCCGACGACGCAGGACGUGGGGCUGCACCAAGUCACCGAAGCGCUGCUGUGUUUGAAAGGCCUCACCCCCGAAGAGCUCGUGAACCUUCAGUUUCCGAGCAACUUGCGGCCGUACUCCAGUGCCUCGGACGCGGCGGCGAUCAACAUGUGGCGCGCCAAGGUCUUCCCCGACUUACGCGCGUGCAUGAACCGGCGGGCCGCGCUGCUGGCAUCCGCGAAAACGCCCGCCGACGGGCUCCUGGCGCUGGCCACCGAGCUCGCAUCGACAUACGACCUCGGGCUUGUCAACAUUGCGGGGCACCACCAGCUGUACACGCCGCAGACUGGUCGGGACCCGUCGACCGUUCUCACGACAGGCAGCGGGCACUUGAGUGCGAUUUUGAACCCGCGCGAGACGGCGUGGUAUUGCACGUUGCAGUACGUCAACCCGAUCUCGGGGUUGCCGAACGCGACCGAGUGCUUUGCCAAGGUAGCGACAACGUUGCCAGCCUUUUUCAACGGCAAGUACCUCUCGGUGCUGGCGGGUACUCGCUACAACGACAACAAUGCGUUCGAGAAGGGCCCUUCAAAUCAACGCAUCACGCCGUACACGUACAAGCGCCGGACGAUCGCACCACUGCACUCGAUCUCGUAUGUGAACGUCGGCAACCUCUCGGCGUGGCAGGCGCUCUUUCAAACGAUCGUCGCCAACGCCACACAGACUCCUCGGACAACCUCCAAUGCGCUCGAAGAGAUGUGUUUGGUGGGCGACGGCUGCUUCUCGACGUGCAUGAACUCGUCGGCGAGUGGCGGCACAACCGUGACCUAUAUGCGAGGGGGCGUCUGCCAAGCGUCAGUCGACACAACCGCGCACGGCCUCGCCGACGUGUUUGUGGAUGUCCGCUGCUUUGGCGCAGGCACUUCGCACCUCCAAGUGACGUACCAGUCGCUCAACGGCGUACGUAACACGCUCGUGAUUAACGGUACGGCGGGGCCCGUCGCAAUCCUCGCGUGCUUGAUCGGGGGGCGCCCCCCCGACACCGAGUACCCGAGCUACGUCAUGGACAUGCUCGCGCAAGGCACGCAGGCCUCGCUAGUCAUGACCAAAGCCAAUGGGUCCGAGACAACGGUGCUCAACUUCAUUGCGCUGCUGUCGCUGGCCGGGUACAUGUACUUUUUCAUCCGCAUCGCCGUGUACCUCCGAAGGACGUACGAAUGGAUGCGGGCGAUGCCCAUUAGCAAGCGCAAGAAGGCGCAGCUGCUGUUUAGCGUCACGAAUUCAAGCAUCUCGAACGUCAUUUGGAGCCACUACCGAACGUCGAUGCGCUGCAUUGGGUUUCUCUCGUUCCUCGAGUGGCACAUUGGUGCGAGCCAAAACCACUGCCAAUGGACCGACGCCAUCACUGAUGUCUCGCUCGAUGCUGUCUAUGUCUGCGACGUCAAUGUCUUGGGGCACUUUGCCAAUAUCGAAGAGCUCGUGCGACUCGCUGCGUACUCGUGGGUCUUCUUCGCACUCGUUUUCAUGGACCGCAUGCCUGGCAUCGCGAUUGAUCUCAAGGGCUACGGCGUCGCGGCGGUGCUUCUCGGCGUCCUGCCCGUCUCGGUUUUGGCGAUUCUAGUGGCUGAAAUAUGCAUCCUUCGGGCGACCGUGCCAGCGCUGAGCUGGAUUCACAACCAGCUCUGGCUCGCGCUCGUGUGGCUCGUCGUCAUGGCGGUAUUGCGCUCGGGUGUUUUUUUGCCGUACUUUAAGCUCGUCACGGCCGCGCUUCGACUCGUCGGCAUCGGUCGGCAGCCCAUUUCCAAGGCGUCGCCGUUCUACAACAUCAUUUUUCCGUAUUAUUGGUCGUCCAUGGACCUCAUUCGCGACGAAGAGCUCAUUUACGUGCCGCUGAGCGUCCUCAUGGAAACGCAGUCGAUCAACUUGUCGAAUGUAUUUGACCACCAGUACUUUGUCUAUGGCCUCAUAGACCUCGACACAAUGGCCCAGAACACCGAGCGCAAAAUGCCCUAUGUGCAAACGGACGGUACGAUCCAACACCCCGACUGGAUUGCGACGACGGACGAGUAUUAUGUCCGCAUCGCCAAGCGCGACAACUGA